AGCGCCAGCCACCGGCUACACAGCAAAUAUCUGAGUGAAGAAGAAAACUUGAAACUGUUUGGGAAAUGCAGCAAUCCAAAUGGCCAUGGGCACAAUUAUACAGUUGUGGUGACAAUACAUGGAGAGAUUGAUCCUGCCACAGGAAUGGUUAUGAGUUUGGUCGACCUCAAAAGAUAUAUGGAGGAGGCAAUUAUGCAGCCCCUUGAUCAUAAGAAUCUGGAUAUGGAUGUGCCGUACUUUGCAGAUGUUGUAAGCACGACUGAAAAUCUAGCUGUAUAUAUCUGGGAAAGCCUCCAGAAACUUCUUCCUAUGGGAUUUCUUCAUAAAGUAAAAGUAUAUGAAACUGACAAUAACAUUGUAGUCUAUAAGGGAGAAUAGCUCUUAGAGGUUAACAUUGUGGAAAGACUAAUUUCUUUCCAUAUUUGAAAAAGAUCAUUAUCUCCUUGGAAUAUUAAAAGAGGUUGUUGCGCCUCCCUUCACAUUGUGCUCUGGAGUGCCUAUUUAUUGAAGUCAUUGUAAGACCUGUUAUAAGUUUGAAUUUAUUUGAAACCAAACUUGUAAUAUAUAUCCUGAACAUCAUUUAGAGAGUAAUUUAUUUAUAAAUUAAAUAUCACUUCAUUUUCAGCAAAA